GAGGGCUUUGCGCCAGUAGAGCGAGCGACAUUAAUUGUAUCUGAGGUAACCGCAGGGUCGACUUACAUGAAUUUUGAAAACGUUCAGCGAAUGCGCCAAGCACAGAUGUAGCAUCAACGCGAACGUUUCAAGCCAAGACGGCGGCGCCACAAAGCGACGAAACGUGCGGCGUCGACUCGCCACCUGUUUGAGCGUUCCGAUCGUCGCUCACCGCCGAAAAUGUGGAGGACGAGUUGGACACUGCAUUUCGAGGAACAGCUUUCAGGGUUAAUCAAUGCGCGUUUGGUUUGAAAAGGGGAAAGAAAAAGGAGAGGAGAAAGGAUUCAGAGAGAGUUGGGAGCGUCGCGCGGCGGAGGGUCGGUCAGCGAGCGGCCGGCGCGCGGAAUCGUUUACGUCGUUUCUAUGGCGAUUGAAAAUAAUCGAGCCAGCAGCACCACAAGUGGCUCCCUGGCAAGAGAGGUGAACCGAUCGGCAGACGCCAUUCCGCUGAGACGCGCGCGGCAUGUGACAGACGCUGCGACCGAGGCCUUCUCUGGCUUCGUCAACGCCCGUCCAUUGGGAGGUGACGACAGCCUCACGUGCAUUGGUUGCUGGUGCGUCGGUGACAUCGCACGCUUGAGUCUCGGCAGCUCUUGUGGUGGGAGCCGUACGCGACAGUGAUGUGGCCUCUGUAAAACGGUGUGUCUUAGCACACGCUGAAGCCGACUUCCUCACGGCACUAGGGCUCCCUAGCCGGGACGGCGGAUGGACCGGACAGGAUGGACACCGCCGGAGAACGGGUCGCCAAGGCUCCGCGGAUCCGUAAAGUCAACAGCACGCAUUCGCGCUUCCUCGCCGAAGCCGCCCAGCGCAAGGCGCUCAUGGUCACUUUCUUCGCCAACGGGGACCCCUUCUCCUCGGGCAUCAGAGUGUCCAUCAAUCCCGGCCGAGACUUCAAAACAAUGGAGUCCCUGUACGACUACAUAUCGCAGCGGCUGGCCGUCAGCAACGGAGUCCGCGUCAUCUUCACUCUUGACGGCAAGAAGGUUCCUUCGCUGGAAGAGUUCGAAGACGGUGCUUCGUACGUCGCCUCGGGAACACGAACGUUCGCCCCACUCGCGUACGGUCAGGCGCGCAACCGCAUCUUGCAGCGCUCGGACGAGGAUCCGGGCAGGUUGAUACAGCCGAAGAAACUCGCCAAGGGCGGCUCGGUCAGCCUGCCUGGCUCAGGUGGCAGAGACGAUGGUCGCGUCAUUGACGUUGUCAGCAGCCUGGACCCGGAACACACGAGUCGCGUCCUGCUGAACCUCAAGACUACGCAAACUUUCGAGGAGGUGCUCAGGGAUCUCGGUGGUGCCCUGAACAUGAAUGGCGUCAAGAAAAUGACUACAAAGAAAGGCGAGGUGGUGCGGAGCUUCUCCCAGCUCAAGUACGACCUGCGGGACGUCAACACCUUCGUUCUCGAGCCGGACGACGACGACCCGCUGGUGAGGACUCGAUCUUUCCACGGAGUUCGGGGCCUCGAGGACGGGGAGGAGACGAACGACGCCAGCAGUGCCAAAGUUCUGUCGCGCUCGGAGAGCGCCCCCAGCCUAGAAGGCAGUUUUGGUUCGGGAGAAGAGAAUGAACGGACAGAAGACGAAAGCGCCAAGGAAGGCAGCGCUGAAUCAGACGAGGAGAAGAGAGAGAGCGAAAGAGGCGACUUGCAAUCGGAGGAUGGGGACAGUGAGCCAGAAGACGGAAGUACAAAGCAAGGUUCACUUGCGGAGCGGGGAGAUGAGCGCGCGGACACGCCGUUUCCCGAGCUUCACGGAGGCAUGGACGAGGUGAACGGCGAUGAGUGGGAAGCGAGCGCCGAGGAUUCGGCGAUGGUGGCCGACCACACGCCACGGCGGUGA